AUGGACGGCCUAACAGCAGCAGAACAACGCGAAUUCCAAGCCGUCGUCGAACGUCGACAAAUGCGUGAAUUCAUGACAAUGUACUCAAACCUCGUCCAACGCUGCUUCGAUGACUGCGUCACAGACUUCACCUCGAAAACAAUGAACAACAAAGAAGAAGGUUGUAUUUCAAAAUGUGUCGAGAAGUGGUUGAAGGGUAGCGAGAGGAUGGGCCAGAGAUUCGCUGAGCAGAAUGCCGCAAUGAUGCAAAGCGGUGGCUCAUUAGGUGGAGCCGGUAGAUAA